CGAUGAAUGACCCGAAAUAGACGCACUUCCUCUCCCCUCUCUCUCUCUCUCUCUCUCUCUCUCUCUGUGUCUCCCCUCCCUUCGUCUCUGAGAGGUUCUGAGGAAGCUUAAGCUUAGCUCGUGAGGCUCUUUCUGCUAUGACGAGGAAGCUACCGACCUCUUGCCGGCGCCGCGUCUUCGCUGUCCCUCAUCCCUCUUGAUCGGGGAAUUUCGUGGAACUUACAUCGAGCUUGAUUUUGAGAGUACAUGUUCUGAGGCUCUGAGCUAUAUGGAGCUUUCUAUUUGAGGAGAUACUGAGUUUACACGGAUUGAAAGACGAGCAUGGAUCCUUAUUUUGUCCAACCCUGUCACCCCUUGAACGGUUUUAGUUUCCGGGAGGAGAGCCUCUUCCCUUUCCCCCAUGGAAAUCUCUCUGCCAGCUUAAGUUUCAGUCCUUUCCCUUUUGUGGCUUCGGAACCUAGCAAUUCCCCCGCUACUUCAAGCGUUGUCGCAGAGGGGGAUCUCCCUUUUUGUGAUAGCGAUCUUGAUGAUACUGUUUUCAAGUAUAUAAACCAGAUGCUCAUGGAGGAGGACUUGGAGGAGAGGCCCUGUAUGUUUCAUGACCCUUUGGCCCUUCAAGCCACCGAGAAAUCUUUCUAUGAUGCCCUGUGUGAGAAUCGUCAUCCUUCGAUGAAUAAUUCCCUGUCCCCUCCGUAUGCUGAUAAUUCAGACGAUAACUCGUCUGGUGUCAGUAGUGAUAAUGGGAGUAAUUGCAAUUCUAGUGUCACUAGUGGCAGUCCUUCUGUUGAUUCGCAAUGGACCUUCGACGCCAGUGAUUACAGACCUUCUAUACUGCAGUCUCCUGUUCCGGAAAACUUUGUUUUCCAAUCGACUGCAAAUUCUAAUGCAAGGACCUCGCCGGAUUCACAAAGACGAUUUGUCGAUUGUAAUGGGACGUCUUCAGUGGGUGAGCUUCUGGUUCAAAACUUCUUUUCUGACGAGCUCUCAAUGUCCUACUUCCGGAAAGGGAUGGAGGAAGCUAGCAAGUUCCUUCCCAAAGGUAAUCCUCUGUUGAUGGAUUCAGAGACGGGUACAUUCAAAUCCGCUCCCAGGAGAUAUAAUUCUGCAUCUCGAGCAAACUCCGAGAAGGAUGCAGUUCAGCAUUUGAGCUCGCCUCCUUAUGGAUUAAGGCUAAAGAAGCAUGAGAGGGAGGAUACCGGGUCUGAAGAAGAGAGGAGCAGCAAGCAGUCUGCUGUUUGCCUGGAGGAUGAGACUGAGCUAUCAGAGAUGUUUGAUCGAGUUCUUCUUUGUGCUCCAACGAAGGAAAGCUCUAAUAAGACCAUGCAGAAUGAGUCGAGUCAAACUGAGACAACAACACAGAGUGUGCAAUCAAUAAGAUUUACUGAUGAGAAGCCUCUAAGUAACAUGACUGUCAAUAAGAAGGGAAUGGUGGAUCUGAGGGCUCUUCUUAAUGCUUGCGCUCAAGCUGUCUCAGAUGACGAUCACAAUACUGCUAAUCACUAUCUCCAGCAGAUUAGGAAGCACUCUUCCCCCUUUGGUGACGGGUCCCAGAGGCUGGCACACUGUUUUGCUAAGGCCCUUGAAGCCCGUCUGGCUUGCACGGGAACCCAGAUCUAUGCAACUCUGAUUUCAAAGAGAACCGCAGCUUCUGAAACGUUGAAGGCCUACCAAACUUAUAUCUCCGUCUGCCCAUUCCAGAGGUUCAGCAUCAUUUUCUCCAACCACAUGAUCUUAACAAAGUUGGCCGAGAAAGCAAGCACUCUGCACAUUAUCGAUUUUGGGAUCUUAUAUGGCUUCCAGUGGCCUGCCCUCAUCCACUGCCUCUCGAGGAGGGCAGGAGGGCCCCCCAAGCUGCGCAUCACUGGGAUAGAGCUGCCCCAGCGAGGGUUCCGACCGGCAGAGCGAGUCCAAGAAACAGGGCGUCGCUUGGCGAAGUACUGCAAGCGCUUCAAUGUCCCAUUCGAGUACAAUGCCAUCGCGCAGAAGUGGGAGACCAUUCGAAUUGCAGAACUUGGGAUCAGACCUGGUGAGGUGGUGGCGGUUAAUUGCCUGUUCCGGUUUAGGCAUCUGUUCGAUGAGACAGUGGUCCUGAACAGUCCAAGGAACCAAGUUCUGAAUCUGGUGAGUAAAAUCAGGCCCAGUCUGUUUACUCAUUCGAUUGUGAAUGGAAACUACAAUGCCUCGUUCUUCGUUACGAGGUUCCGCGAGGCUCUGUACCACUACUCUGCGAUGUUUGAUGCCUUUGAUGCUAAGUUGCCUCGAGAAGAUCCCACGAGGCUGACCUUUGAGGAGAAUUUCUAUGGGCGAGAAGCCAUGAAUGUUAUCGCCUGCGAAAGCACGGAGAGGAUUGAGAGGCCCGAGACAUACAAGCAGUGGCAGAUCCGGAACACGAGAGCUGGGUUCAAGCAGCUCCCAUUAGACCCGGUGAUUCUGCAGAAGCUGAGGUCGAAGUUGAAGGAAGGGUACCAUGAGGAUUUCGUGAUAGAUGUGGAUGGGAAUUGGAUGCUUCAAGGUUGGAAGGGUCGAAUCCUUUUUGCUUCGUCGUGUUGGGUACCGGCGUAGUACUCGAGAAUCAUUGAAGGUAUUGACUUUUCUGGUGGUGGAGAUGACUUCGUGCCCUGCCACCAACGGAAUAACAGGUUAGAGCAGGUCCUGAUUAUGUUGUUGUUACUUAUGCUCCUUAUAUCGUCUAGUUUGGGCAGUUGGGGGUUUCACAGUGAAGAGGAACUCGUAGUUUAGCUGCUCUUAUUCUAUACUUGUCUUAGUUAUACCCUAAUGUAGAGCUCUUUACUCCCUGGCUGUCUGUCUGUCUGUAGCGUUCUGUAUCAGUAAUGAAUAAAAAAGCUUUCAGUUCGAGUUUCAACUGA